AUGACUAUUCCAGACAUCCCCGUGUCAGCUGAGUUCCUGACAAGGUUCUCAUACCACAGCAGCAGCCAAGGGGACCAUGGCUACCUUGGGAGGACGGUGCAUGAGAAAAUGUCAUUUGGAUCAUUUCCACUGGCAAAUCUGACAGACCUCAACAUUUGGAAGGAAAUGGCAAAUGGGACAAGUGUGGAAGAAUUUAUCCUUCUUGGAUUCCCAGGCACAUGGCAAUUCCGAGUCUCCUUUGUGGUGGUAUUUGCACUGAUGUACAUCCUGACAGUAAUAGGCAAUGCAUCCAUUAUAGCUCUUGUGUGGAGAAGCAGCAACCUACACACCCCAAUGUACUUUUUCCUCUGUAAUCUCUCCUUUCUGGAGAUCUGGUACACUACAGGUGUUGUUCCCAAAGCUAUAGGAGUCAUGCUGGGCACUAGCCAGACCAUCUCCUUCAGUGUGUGCAUCCUCCAGUUGUUCUUUCUUCUCUCUCUAGGCUCCACUGAGUGUUUUCUCCUGUCUGUCAUGGCCUAUGACCACUACUUAGCCAUAUGCUACCCCCUGAGGUACUGCUCCCUCAUGAACAGUGUCCUCUCUGUUCGGCUGGCACUCAGCUCCUGGCUGGGAGGCUUUUUGGCCAUUUCCCUGCUGGCCUUUCUGACAUCCAGGCUGACUUUCUGUGGGCCAGAUGUCAUCAAUCAUUUUCUAUGUGAUAUAGAUUCCUGCCUUGCCCUCUCCUGCAGUGAUACAUGGCCUGUGGAGCUGGCAACCUUCCUUAUCUCCAUAAUAGUUGUGGUGGCCUCCUGUGUGGUCACCCUAGUCUCCUACAUGUACAUCAUCUGUUCCAUCCUGCGGAUCGAGUCAGCCCAUGGCCGGAAAAAGGCCUUUUCCACCUGCUCUGCCCAUCUCAGUGUUGUCACGAUCUGGUAUGGCUCCACCAUGUUCCUGUAUGUCAAGCCAUCAGCCCAGAAUUCCCUGGAUCUGAACAAAAUUGUGAAUACCUUUAACACAGUGGUAACUCCUUUGUUAAACCCCUUCAUUUACACACUCAGAAACAAAGAGGUGAAGCUCGCUUUGGGACGGGCUUUCCAGAAAAAGUGA